CAGAGGAAGCUGGUGCCAAAUGAUCGAUUUACACACAUCUCCAUCACUUCUGCUUUUGGACCAGAAGCACAAACAUCUCCAGAUCCACUCCCACCAAAGAGAGAUAUGGCCGUGUUCCUGCUCUACCUUCUGCUGGUUCCUCUGGCUCUGCCUCCGGUUCUCUCCAAGGCAACCCACUACAUGUUUAAGAGACAGCACACCUACGGAACCUUAUUCCCGAACUGUGACGACUUCAUGAAUUCAGCCCUUAAGGAUCUCAACAUGGGGUGCAAGCAGUGCAACACCAUCAUCCUGGGAGACGACGCCUACAGCUCCGACCUGAACGAUGUCACAAACAUCUGCACCACCGGUGGGACCAAUGUAGGGAAGGAUUUAUACCAAAGUCACAAGAAGUUUAGGGUGAUCUAUUGCAAUCUGUUGUCUGGAGACAAGCCACCCGACUGCAAAUACAGGAAGGUCAGCCCAAGGAACAUAAUCGAGAAGCCGAUCACCGUGACCUGCGAGAACGGGCUGCCAGUGCAUAUACCGUGCAAACAAAACAAGAGGGGCAAAGUGACGGGAGGAAAUGGGAGAGGGGAGGGGCCAGCCGCGCUGUUCGGCUGCACUCGCAGAACCAGCACCUUUACGCACAGUGGUGCCUUCAACAAUAGGAUUCCGCCACUCCUACCAAAGGAUAAAGAAAUGUCGGAGUGCAGGGACGUUUGA